CGUCUGCGCACUAAGAUACUCAGUUCCAAGUUUGGAGCUUUUAGCUGCCAGCCCUGGCCCAUCAUGUAGCUGCAGCACAGCCUUCCCUAACGUUGCAACUGGAGGAAAAAUCACUUUCCUGUCUGUUUUGCAAGGUGUGCAUUUCCAUCUCGAUUCCCUGAAAGCCCAGCUGCUGCAUCGGUAAAGAGAAACUCCACUUGCAUGAAGAUUGCACGCCUGCAGCUUGCAUCUUUGUUGCAAAACUAGCUACAGAAGAGAAGCAAGGCAAAGUCUUUUGUGCUCCCCUCCCCCAUCAAAGGAAAGGGGAAAAUGUCUCAGUCGAAAGGCAAAAAACGAAACCCUGGCCUUAAAAUUCCGAAAGAAGCAUUUGAACAACCUCAGACCAGUUCCACGCCACCUCGAGAUUUAGACUCCAAGGCUUGCAUUUCUAUUGGAAAUCAGAACUUUGAGGUUAAGGCAGAUGACCUGGAACCUAUAAUGGAACUGGGACGAGGUGCGUACGGGGUGGUGGAGAAGAUGCGGCACGUGCCCAGCGGGCAGAUCAUGGCGGUGAAGCGGAUCCGGGCCACAGUAAACAGCCAGGAGCAAAAAAGGCUGUUGAUGGAUCUGGAUAUAUCCAUGAGGACAGUGGAUUGUCCCUUUACCGUCACCUUUUACGGCGCACUCUUUCGGGAGGGUGAUGUCUGGAUCUGCAUGGAACUCAUGGACACAUCACUAGAUAAAUUCUACAAGCAAGUCAUUGAUAAAGGCCAAACAAUUCCAGAGGACAUCUUAGGGAAAAUAGCUGUUUCUAUUGUAAAAGCGUUAGAACACUUACACAGUAAGCUCUCCGUCAUUCAUCGAGAUGUCAAGCCUUCUAAUGUGCUCAUUAAUGCCUUGGGCCAAGUGAAGAUGUGUGACUUUGGAAUCAGUGGCUACCUGGUGGAUUCUGUUGCUAAAACAAUCGAUGCAGGUUGCAAACCGUACAUGGCUCCUGAAAGAAUAAACCCAGAGCUCAACCAGAAGGGGUACAGUGUGAAGUCUGACAUUUGGAGUUUGGGCAUCACCAUGAUUGAGUUGGCCAUCCUCCGGUUUCCCUACGAUUCUUGGGGGACUCCCUUCCAGCAGCUCAAGCAGGUGGUAGAGGAACCAUCGCCACAGCUCCCAGCAGAGAAGUUCUCAGCAGAGUUUGUUGAUUUUACCUCACAGUGCUUGAAGAAGAAUUCCAAAGAACGACCUACGUAUCCAGAGCUUAUGCAACAUCCAUUCUUCACUGUACAUGAAUCCAAAGCAACAGAUGUGGCAUCUUUUGUAAAACUGAUUCUUGGAGACUAAAAAGCAAUGGACUUCAUCGGUUGACCCUACUGUGGAUUGGUGGGUUUACAGGGUGAAGAAGUUCACUACAGUGCCAAUAGGAAGUCAUCUUUGAGAUCACUUAACCCUGCCUCUCCGAGGGUGUUCGCUUCCUGUUUUCUUUUCUUUCCCCCCUCCUAAGGGGGCCUUGGAAUCUAUAGUGUAGAAUGAACUGUCUAGCUGGAUGACCUAUGAUAAAGGCUUAGGACUUAAAAAGAUGAUUAAAUAUUUAAUGAUGUGUCAUAUGAGUCCU